AUGUAUAUUAGUCUUCUGGUUCCGCCAUAUGUAGUUAUUAGCAAUAAUAUCACGGCCAUUCAGCCAUGGGUGGAAGAGCAAAAAAGUCUAGUGCUUGACCCAGAAAGCAAGAUGAGAGAGACACCGGCGCAACCAUUCAGCAUGGAAGAGAAGAUGACGCAACGACAAAUACGACGACAUAUUGCCAACGCAUUAGCGGAUCACCGUAGAGAAAUGGCGCAACAAGAGCAGCAGGAACAACAACAGACGUAGCGAACGGAACAAAGCAGAGAGAGAAAAAUUAGGCCAGAAGGUGCCUUGUCGUCGGGGAGCGCUCAUCAGAGACUCUUGCUCACUUAUUCGGAUCACUGGGGGCGGAUCCCAGUGCUUAGCUGUCUGCACAGUCUAAAGGGGUACUUGGUGAAACUUUUGUGAAGCCACUUGAUUCCUUUAUCGCUGUUAAGAGACGGGCGCUGCGUUCCUGAGUCUUACAGGGACACCUGCUAGAUUGAAAAAAAGACUAGUGCUGUUCAGCGCUAGCUCGGAACAUAGUUAGUGCAGGUGAUCUUACUGAGAAGCUCGAAACAGUUCUGGCGAGCACAGUGUGCCGCUGGGUAACCUCAGGGGCCAAUUGAGGAAACUAGCUCCAAUUCUUAGGUCUUGCUCGGUCAACGCGAACGCUCCCUAUCCUAUAAACUUGGUAGUAGGGAUGGUCGAAGAAGCUGGCUUAUUCAUUGUAUAGCAAGGGCGAUUGAUAAAGUUACUGUUGUUAAUCCACGGAAUGACACAGUUUACUUGUUGAUCUAGCCUGAGUUGUACGACCAGUCCAUAGUUUCAUUGAUAGUCUUACUAUUGCCUCGUAUAGUACAGUCGCUGCGUAGCUUUGUCCGUUUGUACUGUUACCGAAACCUAACCCAGCCAAUCAUCAAUAUUCUUGAUUCCGAAGAUCAUUGUGGAUUCAGCGACGGCAUCAUUCUCUGACAAAACGAAGUCGUUGAGGUUCAAGUGAGCCUCCACGUCGUUAAGAGCACUAUCUUGUUGUUCUUCUGAGUUUAUAGAAUGAGAGAACCAACUGACAUACCCUUGUAAAGAACACGAAGAAGGAG